CUUACGUAUGCGGUGCUUAGAAAACCAAAGGGAUUGCUCUAAUCUUUUUGUGUAAUUGAAAAUUUGAGUGAAGAUGUUAGGAUUUUGAGAUCGAAUUGAAGAAACUUUUCCCAUAUUUUUUUGUUGUGAAUGACAACAAGUAAAGAACGUGGCUCCAGGAGCAGGCAUGCUUUUGAUAGUGUCAUGCUAUCUUUUCUUCAUCCAGCCGACCUAGCUUAUAUGUUACUUGUGAUUGGCUAAAUGUAGGUGUUAUUAUUUCCUUCUCUGUAUGCAAAAGCCAUGUAAUAUAUAUGUACCAAUAUAAUGAAAUCUGGCUUUGGUUUUCCCCCUGUUUGAGCUUCUCUCUUUUACUACAGUUCUCUAUCUCUAAAACUCUGCUCAUACGAAAACUCUUACAGAAGAUACUCUCCCCCUUUCUCUCUCGUCAUCUCCAUGCUCGCAGCAAGGCUACUCUUUGCAGUCACAGCCGUUGUUUUUCUAGCCCUGCCUCGUGAAACUUGCAAUGCCAAGGGUAACCAUCAUUGUUCACCUUCCUCUUGCGGUAGUAUCCAGAACAUUAGCUAUCCCUUUCGGUUAAACAGCGAUCCACACAACUGCGGCGUCCCAAGGUAUAAUUCAUCUUGUCAGAACAAUCUUACAGUAUUAAACUUGAAGUCGGGAAAAUACUAUGUGCAGGCAAUCAAUUAUAAUAACUACACUAUCCGACUGGUUGACGCCGGUGUUCAGAAAGGUAACUGCUCCUCCAUACCUCAGUAUUCCUUGAGUUAUUAUAACUUCACAUCAGGAGACAUAGCUCCAUAUAGCUUAUCAUCAUGGACCUAUAACAGAUCAAAGAAUAUUCUUUUCCUAAACUGUUCAAAACCUGUAAAUGCUCAUCUCUACCUGCACUCUUCUCCCUGCCUUGAUGACGCAUUUUCCUCCAAUUUUUGGGUUCCGGAAUCAAAAGGGUACCUUUAUGUUAAAAUUGGCCGCACAAAGGCAUCAGAUUUAAGCGAAUCUUGCCGUAUAGAGCUGAUGGCUAUGACAUCCUUGCUAGGAAAAGAUGAAAAGAACAUUACAUUCCUAGAUAUCCACGAUGAGCUAGCUUAUGGAUUCGAGCUUUCAUGGUCUCAAGUUUACUGUGGAGACUGCAGGUGGUGGCCUCGUAACCUCUGCAUAAUUGAUGAGGCAAAUCAUGUAUAUUGUGGUUGGACACCUCUUGUUGGUACACUGGUCGGUAUGGUCAUAGGUACAAUAGCAUAUCUCCAUUUAGUAGCCAUUAUAUGUGGAACUCCAUGUGUGACAUUAUUUGUUGUCCACAAGUGGCGCAGGAGACAUUUAUCCAUGUAUGACACUGUUGAGGAAUUUCUGCAAAGUCACAACAACCUCAUGCCAGUAAGGUACUCUUACUCAGAUGUUAAGAAGAUGACCGAUGGUUUCAGGGUUAAGUUGGGUGAAGGAGGCUAUGGCUCUGUGUAUAAAGGAAAGCUUCGAAGUGGCCGCAUUGCUGCAAUAAAGAUGCUGAGCAAGUCCAAAGCGGACGGUCAAGAUUUUAUUAAUGAAGUUGCUACAAUAGGCAGGAUUCACCAUGUUAAUGUGGUGCAACUAAUUGGUUUUUGUGCUAAGGGAUCAAAACGUGCCCUUGUAUAUGACUUCAUGCCUAAUGGUUCUCUCGAUAAAUACAUCUUUUCCCCAGAACGAUGUACAACUUUAAGUUGGAAAAAAACAUAUGAGAUCGCUGUAGGGGUGGCUCAUGGCAUCGAGUAUCUACACCGAGGUUGUGACAUGCAAAUCUUACAUUUUGACAUCAAACCUCAUAAUAUUCUUCUGGACGAGAACUUCAUUCCAAAAAUCUCUGAUUUUGGACUAGCAAAAUUAUAUGCAGUAGAUGAUAGUAUCGUGUCAUUGACUGCAGCACGAGGAACAAUGGGAUACAUAGCUCCUGAAUUGUUCUAUAAAAACAUUGGAGGGGUCUCCUACAAAGCUGAUGUCUACAGUUUUGGCAUGUUAUUACUGGAAAUGAUAGGAAGAAGAAAGAAUUUGGACCCGUUGGCAGAACAUUCAAGUGAAAUAUACUUUCCCUUUUAUGUUUAUGGCCAAAUUAUUGAAGGAAACAAUGUCAAUGAAGUCGGGGAUGCUACAGAAGAGGACAAGGAAAUGAUAAAGAAGAUGAGCAUAGUGGCAUUGUGGUGCAUACAAAUGAAGCCAAGUGAUCGUCCUUCAAUGAGCAAAGUUGUAGAGAUGCUUGAAGGAGGAUUAGAAAGCCUGCAAGUACCUCCCAAGCCUCUACUUUAUCCAGAAGAGAGGGUUGGAGACCAAACAAAUGAAACAGAGUCAUCGUCUGCAUUAUCGUUAGUGGGGUAGUUAGUGUUUUCCCAAUAUCUAGCCAUCCGAUCUGGCAAUAACUUCCUGUAAUGGAGCAGUUUAUGCUCUGGAUUACAGUUUUCUGUAAUUUGAUUAACUUCCGGCGAUACAAUUUAGACUUUUUCUCCA